UGUGUCACGGGGCAGGGCGAGCGCGGUGAGGCGCUCCCGGCCUGGCGUCCUGGUUUCGCAGACCCUGCCGUCUCUCCUGCCCCGGCCCGACUCACCCUCAUGUACCGCGCGCUGUACGCGUUCCGCUCGGCGGAGCCCAACGCGCUGGCGUUCGCCGCGGGCGAGACCUUCCUGGUUCUGGAGCGCAGCAGCGCGCACUGGUGGCUGGCGGCGCGGGCGCGCAGUGGCGAGACGGGCUACGUGCCGCCCGCCUACCUGCGCCGCCUGCAGGGCCUGGAGCAGGAUGUCCUCCAAGCCAUUGACAGGGCCAUUGAGGCUGUGCACAAUGCAGCCAUGCGGGAUGGUGGCAAGUACAGCCUGGAGCAGCGCGGGAUCCUCCAGAAGCUGAUCCACCACCGGAAAGAGACCCUGUCCCGCAGAGGCCCCUCAGCCCCCAACCCUGCAGCUAUGACGCCGUCCACCAGUGACCACCACCUGGAUGCUGCUGCUGCCAGGCAGCCCAACGGGGUGUGUAGAGCUGGAUUCGAGCGGCAGCACAGCCUGCCCAGUUCUGAGUAUCUUGGGGCAGAUGGAGGCCUCUACCAGAUCCCACCACAGCCUCACCGAGCAGCACCCGCCACGCCACCCCCACCUGUGAAGCGCCGAGACCGCGAGGCCCUACUGGCCUCCGGGAGUGGCGGCCGCAACACCACACCCUCUGGGGGCAGUUCUGUGUCCAGCGGCUCCUCUGUCAGCAGCGCCUCCCUUGACACACUCUAUACCGGCUCCAGCUCAUCGGAGCCAGGCCCCAGCUGCUCACCCACGCCCCCACCUGUGCCCCGCCGAGGCACGCAUACCACUGUGUCCCAAGCUCAGCCCCCUCCCUCCAAGGUGCUAAACUCGGAGCCCCCUACAGAGGAGGUAGCAGUUGAUACAGCCCCAGCCCCUGAUGAGCUGGAAGCCCUGGGUGCACUGAGCCUGGGGACCACAGAAGAGAAGGCGCUGGCUGAGACUGCUGUGCCCAGGACCAUUGGGGCAGAGCUGAUGGAGCUCGUGCGGAGGAACACCGGCCUGAGCCACGAGCUGUGCCGAGUGGCCAUUGGCGUCGUGGUGGGUCACAUCCAGGCCUCAGUGCCGGCCAGCUCACCUAUCAUGGAGCAGGUCCUCCUCUCACUGGUAGAGGGCAAGGACCUGAGCACUGCCCUGCCCUCAGGGCAGGUCUGCCAUGACCAGCAGCGGCUGGAGGUGAUCUUUGCAGACCUGGCCCGGCGGAAGGAUGACGCCCAGCAGCGCAGCUGGGCCCUGUAUGAGGACGAGGGUGUCAUCCGCUGCUACCUGGAGGAGCUGCUGCACAUUCUGACGGAUGCAGACCCUGAAGUUUGCAAGAAAAUGUGCAAGAGGAAUGAGUUCGAGUCUGUCCUGGCCUUGGUGGCCUAUUACCAAAUGGAGCACCGGGUAUCGCUGCGGCUGCUGCUCCUCAAAUGCUUCGGCGCCAUGUGCAGCCUGGACGCAGCCAUCAUCUCCACACUAGUGUCAUCUGUGCUGCCUGUGGAGCUGGCGCGGGACAUGCAGACAGACACGCAGGACCAUCAGAAACUCUGUUACUCCGCCCUCAUUCUGGCCAUGGUCUUCUCCAUGGGGGAGGCAGUGCCCUAUGCACACUAUGAGCACCUGGGCACACCCUUCGCCCAGUUCCUGCUGAGCAUCGUUGAGGACGGGCUGCCCUUGGACACCACCGAGCAACUGCCGGAUCUCUGCAUGAAUCUACUUCUGGCUCUCAAUUUGCACCUGCCAGCCCCUGACCAGAACUUCAUCAUGGCCGCUCUGAGCAAACACGCCAAUGUCAAGAUCUUCUCCGAGAAGCUACUGCUGCUCCUGAACAGAGGGGAUGACCCCGUGCGCAUCUUUAAGCAUGAACCUCAGCCACCACACUCUGUCCUCAAGUUCCUGCAGGACGUGUUCGCCAGCCCCGCCACAGCUGCCAUCUUCUACCACACGGAUAUGAUGGCGCUCAUCGACAUCACCGUGCGGCACAUCGCGGACCUGUCGCCUGGAGAUAAGCUUCGCAUGGAGUACCUCUCCCUGAUGCACGCUGUGAUCCGCUCCACACCCUACCUACAGCACCGCCACCGGCUCCCCGACCUGCAGGCCACACUGCGACGCAUCCUAACCGAGGAGGAAGCCUCGCCCCAGUGUCAGAUGGACCGCAUGAUUGUCCAAGAGAUGUGCAAGGAAUUCCCGGUGCUGGGCGAGGCCCCCAGCUAGCACCUUCUUUUCCUCCCUUCCCUGCAGCCCUGGGUAGGGUGCAGGGGACUCGGAGGCUUGGCCCUAAGAAUGUUUUGCACUGACAGUGUGAGGGGAGGUGAUGGUGGAAGGGACCUAAGCAGGGGCCCCCACCUGAAAUAGAGCUAAUGAGAGGGGCCAAGCGCAGGAUUAGGGACCACGCGCUGGGAGCUAUGCUGGGGCAGGGGGAGUGUGAACUGAAGCCCCUCCAUCUCCCGCUGGGCUGCCUCUUCAGCAUGCCUCCCCACCCCAUACACAUGCACACUCAGAGUCCUGCUGCUGCUCCAGGCUGGGCCAGAGCCCUCAUCCCCCGCGCCCACCUGGUCUGUGUCCUGGGCUUCAGCAAGCCGUGUCCCUGGGGUUAGAGGAGGCACCUUCCGCCAGCUCCGUUCUUUGCCUUAGCUUCGCAGUGAGUGCUGCUCAUGUGCUCUGUCCCCCCAGCCGCCACCCCGUGGGGGUCUCUGCCCCUCACUCCAACCCCCAGAGGUCUUGGCCAAGCUGCUUCUUUGAAAGCAGAGUCUUAGAGACAGGCCAUCCACCCUGGAGCCUCACAGAAUGAGGUGAUGGCACUGAUAAAGCCAAUGACAGAAUCUAUUUUCUCUGUAAAAGCGUAGACCGAAAAGCCUUGUGUAUUUUCCUGUGUGCUGCAGCUCAGCUUGGAAAUAAAUCACAGGCAUCUGGAAA